UUCAAACACAAACAAAGAACCACCGGACCGCCUUACCAUUUCUUUUGCUUUCCCUUAUUUUCGUGGGAAAAUUUCUCUGACAUCAGUGGAAACCCUAACAUUAUCUGCUAAUCACUGUAACUUUUGUGGAAUUCUUUGUGUUGAAAUCAGUAGUAAAGGAGAUCAAACGCAACUCGGAGCCUCUGUUUACUCGGAAAUGGCAAAAACUUCACCACCCAAGAGGAAAUCUGAGUUUGAGAUGAAGCGGACGCCGAGUCCCAUGAGGAGGUUCGAGAGAGCCAAGAAUAACUCAUCAACUUCUUCUGCGUCUAAAAUGUCUGGAAGUAAAAGCUCGGGUUCAUCGUUAAAAGAGCGAAAAGGGGGAAUGAAAGAGAAGAGUAUGAAAGAUUUGGCAUUGGGAACUAGAGAAGUUAGCAAAAGUGGGAAAGAAAAUGCAGGAACUGCCCAUGUGAAAAAUAGGAUAAGAAAUGGUAGAGAUUAUUUGGCGAGCUUUAAGAAGAAUAAAAAGGAGGUUAAAGCAUCAGUAAAUGCAAGUAAAGAUGUCUGCAAGACAAAGGUUCCAUUGCUGCGCAGUAGUGAGCGGGAAAGGGAACAUACGGAUGAAGGACAGCCGCUCAGGUUUCAGAGAGAGCUGUUGGAGGGAAAGCAUCCUGGGAAAUCUUGUUCUGGUUUGUCUCAGGGGAAACGAAAAAGGGAACAAUUGCUUGAAGAGUUAUCGACUACAACAGAAGUUGAAAGUGAUGAAGCUGUAAAGAAGCGCAAGAUGGUGGUAAAUAGUAAUGAUGAUCCACACUAUGUAAAGCCUGGAUUAGAGGGAAAGAUAAAUCCUGGAUGCAAGGAAGGAGCUUCUGUAACUCCAGCAGAUAUUGUGCCUCAUUCUUCUGCCAGGUCAACUAGUUGUGUAAAUACAAUUGCUGAUGAAAAAUGUGAGCGGGAACCGCUUAAGUUGCAUAUAAAGCUGUUGGAGGGAAAGCAUCCUCGGUGGAAAUCUUGUUGUGUUUUGUCUCAGGGGAAACGAAAAAAAAGGGAACGAUUGCUUGAUGAGUUAUCAAACACACCAGAAGUUGAAAGUGAUGAAGUUGUCAAGAUGCGCAAGAUGAUGGUAAAUAGUAAUGAUGAUUCACCCUAUCUAAAGCCUGUAUCUGAGGGAAAAACAACUCCCAGAUGCAAGGGAGGAGCUUCUGUAACUGCAGCAGAUAAUGUGCCUCAUUGUUUUGCUAGAUCAACUACUUGUGUAAAUACAACUACUGAUGAAAAAUGUGACUCUACGUCACAUAAUGUGGAUAGGAAUGUAUUAGAAAAACCAAAAAGUAACCUGUUUGAUUCUGAGAAGAGAAGAAAAUUGAUCGAUGCCCAGAAGAAUCUCAAUCUUCUUUUGAAGCCUGGGAUAUCAAAACUAUGUGGAGUCCUUCAACUCUCUGAUGUUGUCAAGGCUAUGGUAAAAAAGCUUCUUGAAUACGUAAUGAAUAAUCACCAUGUAAAUACAGAACCAGCAACAACAUUGCAGGCAUUACAGAUAGCUCUGUGUUGGACAGCAGCUUCAUUUCUGAAGCAGAAAGUCGACCACAAAGAAUCGCUUUUGCUUGCAAAGCAGCACCUUAACUUCGCUUGCAUAAAGGAAGAGGCAUAUUAUUUUUAUUCAAUGCUGCGGUGUCUAAAGGAAACCUUUUUACACCGUACAAGGAUUUUCAAGGUUGCAGUGUCUCCAAAAUCUGCUAAAUUAUCAAGUAAAGAUGCUUUGAAGGACCAUUCACAUGCAAAGGUACUAUCAAAGAUUGAAGACUUGUCCAUGAAUCUAGAAUAUUUAGCAAAAACAGAUGUCUCAAAAAGUAUCAAAGAUACUUAUAAAAAGUUCAAGAAGAAGAUGACAAAACUUACUGAGAAGCAAAGAAAAGACAAAAAUGAUUACGAGGAAGAAAAGGGGCAUAUAGAAAGAGAGAAGAAAACAGAGUUGGCCAUUAUUCAAUUUUGUUACCAGAAUAAUACUUCGAUGAGGACAUAUAGGCUUAAGAUGUUGGACAAAAGAAUUGAAGAGCAUAAACUCCAUAUGGACAUACACCGUGACUGUCUUGAGGAAUUUCACCUGCAAGAAAGGUUUAAGUUGAAGGAGCAGGAGAAACAAUGGGUAGAAAACGUGCAAUCCUGGGCUAAUGUUGAACUGUUAAAUGGGUCACCUUCAAAUGGACCUGAGCCUUGGUCGAAAUGCUUACAGACUAGUGAAGAAGUUAGAGUUAAUAAAGAUUCUGAGGAUUUUACCUCUUUAAGAGAGCAUGGUCUUGACAAGGUGGUCCUGAUAGGAUUGUCUGGAACUCAAGAAAAUGCUCCUGAUGAAGGUGUAGUAUGUGGUGGUUUCAUUAGAACAGUGACGUCUCCAGCAAGACCCGUUAGUGCAAAUGGUGCAUUAGAUACAAUGACUUCUGGGACAUUUUUGUUUACUGAUUGUAUGGAGAAAAACGAAGCUGGCAGUUCUGGUGAUGAUCAAGAGAAUGGCGUGUCUAUGAAUCCGUGUGCCAAAGAGUUAAUUACUGAUGGAGGAACUUCAGACUAUGGGGAGGUUCUGCUUGAUGUGCCUGAAAUUGUUUGCUGUACUGAUGGCUCGGAAAAAGUUGUCACCCCGAGUCUUCCUUCAUUUGAAGAAUGCAUCCACAAUGCGGACACAUCACUCAUUCCUGAUGGGGAGGUCAGACUGGAAGUGCCCAAAUCUGGCAAAUCAACUGAUGGUCCAGAGCAAACCCUUCCUUUGGAUAUGUCUUCUGUGCAAUGGAAGCCUAAUGGGGCUGCAUUAAGUGUACCUGACAGAGAAGCUCCACUGGGAUUGCAUGAGAGUGCCAAUUCAACUCAUAAUAUUGUGUCUGUGAGCACACCAUCAUCUGAAGAACAAAUUCAUGUAGUGAUGGUAACUGUUAAAGAUAAUGUGGUAGAAUCAAGACUGUUUGAGACUGGCAGUUCAAAUGAUGACCAAGGGAAUCUUGUCACUGUGGAUCCAUCUGAAGAACAAAACCCUGAAAAUGCCACAUAUGAGACUGUCAAUUCAAUUCACGGUUUGCAUAAUGUUAUUUCUGUGAGUGCACCUUCAUCUGAAGACCAAAUCCAUGUAGUGACAGUAACCAUUCCAGAAUCAGGUGUCUUUGAGACUGUCAGUUCCAAUGAUGGCCAAGGGAAUCUUGUCUCUGUGGAUCCACCAUCUGAAGAGAAAACCCUUGAAAAUUCAACAGAUUAUGAGACUGUCAGUUCAAGUCAUGGUUUUCAUAACGUUGUUUCUGUGAGUGCACCUUCAUCUGAAGAAAGGAUCCAUAUAGUGACAGUAACCAUUCCAGAUAAAGUGGUCGAUUCGGGAGUGCUUGAGACUGCCAGUUUGAAUGGUGGCCAAGGGGAUGUUGUCUCUGUAGAUCUACCAUCUGAAGAAAAAAUCCUAGAAAAGACCUCAGCAUAUGAUGAGUCUGUCAGUUCAAUUCAUGGUUUGCAUAACGUCGUUUCUGUGGAUACACCUUCAUCUGAAGAACAAAGACAUGCAGUGACGGUAACCAUGCCAGAUAAAGAGGUAGGAUCGGGAGUGCUUGAGACUGUCAGUUCGAAUGAUGGCCUAGCGAAUCUUGUCUCUAUGGAUCCACCUUCAUCUAAGAAACUAAUCUCUAAAAAAGCCACAGAACAUGAGACCAUCAGUUUAACUCAUGGUUUGCAUAAUCUUGAGUCUGUAAGUCCACCUUCAUCUGAAGAACGAAUAACCGUGCCAGCUAAAGAGGAUGAAUCAAGAGUGCUUGAGGCUGUCAGUUCGAAUGAUGGGCUAGUGAAUCUUAUCUCUAUGGAUCCAUCUUCAUCAGAAGAACGAAUCCCUGAAAAAGCCUCAGAAGAUGAGACUGUCAGUUUAAGUCAAAUCCAUGCGGUGACAGAAACCAUGCCAGACAAAGAGGUUGAAUCAGGAGUGCUUGAGACUGUAAGUUCAAGUGAUGGCCUAGGGAAUCUUGUCGCUGUGGACCCACCUUCAUCUAAAGAAAAAAACCCUGAAAAGGCCACAGAAAAAGAGAGCAGUGAAUUGCAUGUAAUGGCAUCUAAUAGUGCAACUGGGAUCAACCAGCAGAAGGGAGUUGAUACUGCAGCCAUUAGCCACUCUUCUGGGGAAAAUCCCCUGGUAAACUCACUCCUGCUGCAGCCUGUGACAGCUUUGGUGCAUGGUGGUUCAGUGACAUUUGAUCAGGCACACCAACAAAAAGGUACGCUUUUAGCCACAUUGACUGCAGUGCAAUGUGGAGAUCCACAGGCCAGCGAACUGCAGGAUACUAGCCAACCAGUUGAAAAUCCAGUAUCCACAUCAGAUGCUAUGGUAUCAUACAAUCAUUCAUAUCAUGAUGUGCCGGACAAUGAGCCUGUUGUACAAGUGGCAGUGCUGCCAUCUUCUAAUACACUUGAGCAUAGUUCUCUUGAGUUAUUUUCAGUUGCUGGAAUUAACAUUCAGCCAAUUAGUGAAGAUCAUACCUUUAACCAAGUUGCUCAGGCUCCAAUGCGAAUUGCUGGGAACCUUCCUGAUCUUUCAGAUCAAACUAUUUUGCAGCCUAUGACAUGUUUUUCCUUACAGCAGCCUGUUGAUAUACCUACUAGUGGAUUUGGAAUGCUUUUUCAAGACACAAGGGCUACAUCUAUUACUUCUUCAUAUAAUACUCGUCCCAUACCUUCUGCACCCCGUGGGGCAUCUCAGAUGCCCCUGCCUUUGUCCCCUGACCCUCUUCAGAAUGAACUGGAAAAGUUGGAUAAAGAAGCAGACCAAAUCCAUAAGUCUCAUGAAGAUAUGAAGCUGCGUCUGAAAUCUGAUUGUGAUAAGGAGAUAGAGGAGGCCAUUGCUGACAUUCGUCGCAAGUAUGAGAUUAGAUUUCCGGAGACUGAUGCAGAAUUUCACCUUAAAAAGAAGGAAUCGGAUGCAAUUCGCAACGUGGUUUUGAGGAAUAAGAUUUUGUCCUUGGUUUGGACUAAAUACAUGGAUUAUACUAGGGCAUCAAGUGCAUCUGGACUGCAGCAAGAGGAUAAUUUCUUUUUCUUCCAGCAGCUGGACCAACUAUCUAUACGGCAAAAUCAACAUAUACAUUCUCCAGUUGCCAGUUCGUCUCUGGCCAGCCCUCCUGCAGCUAGCCUACAAACUUCUAUUGCAUCCUUACCCAGCCUGCAGGUGACCCCUCUUGCACCUGCAACCAAUCCACAUUGUACAGCUCCACCUAUGCAGUUGCCUGCUCCAUUUCCGAGCAUUCCAGCAAGACCGCCCCACAUUAGUUCCCCCUCUUCCACAGGAAUCCCCCAAGGUGGAGGUGAGAUUCGUGCCCCAGCCCCACAUUUCCAACCUUUUAGACCUUCAACAUCCAUGUCAAAUCCACAUCUCCAACCUUUUACACCUUCAACAUCCAUGCCAAAUUGGCAGUCACAUAGCAACUCUCAUGCAUCGUCUAUGUCCCUUCCUCAUAUUCCACGACUUCCAGCCCCCAUGCAACAAUAUGUUCCUCAUGCUAGGGCCCAUCAUCCUGAAAAUGCAGGGGGCUUGCCAGCUCUUAGUGUAUAUGCACUGCCUUUAAUUAUGGAUAUAAACGGUCGAUUUGGUGCUAAUCCAUCUGGUAGUUUGCCCUCAAUGCCAAAUUUGGGUUCAACCCUUGACCACUUGCACCUUUCUGAUCCUGCGAUUACAGUUGGUGCACAUGUCAACCCAGUACGCACAGCUAGAUCCACCGACGUAGUUUAUUUAUCAGACGAUGACUAACCGGUUACAGGAUAUGUAUACUUGGUGCUCAUGGUUAUGAAGCGGGGUUGUGACAUGGUAUAAGGAUAGGCAGACGUUGUAACGCUUGACUGGCUGCUAGGAGUUUGUAGCUGUAUGCCUUCUGUUCUAAUGGUUGUAAUGUAAAAAUGUAAAUCUGUAGUUUGUACUGAAAUUUUUCCUGAGCA